GCAGAGAAUUUAAUAAUGGCGCUUAUUCACCGUGUCUGUACAAAUUAUUGCCCUUUAUUAAAUAGUUUUUAUUGCAAACAUACAGUUAACAUAAAGAGAUAUAAGUCAAAAAAGUCGAGAAAGUUGAGUGAUUCCUUAUUUGCUCAGCUCGUAACUAAUUAUGACACGAAAACGUUUAACGAUAUAAUUCAGUUUAGACGAAACCAAGCAUCUAGAAGUAUUUUAGUGCAAUUACAAACAUAUCAAUGUAUUGACGAGUUUAAGCAUCAUUGUGAUCAAUAUGGAAAGAUUUUAAAUAUGUUUCAUUAUAUAACAAAAAGUCUUUACCCCAAUUUUAUAUUAGUGGAAUUUGCAUCAUCCAAUUCUAUAAAAAUUAUAAACGAUAGUGUUGAGUAUAUGAAAGAUGUAGAACAUAUUCCUUUGGAAACAACAAUGUUGUGGUUUCGUAAAAAAGAUGGGUAUACAACAUCACAGCUUGAACCAAAUAACACAAAGAAAUUUCUACACCAUUGUCUUACAUUUCCUACAUCUGCAUCAAUUAUGAAACAUAUAAACCAAGAAGCACCUCUUUCUGAACAAAUGAUUGAGCUUCAUAAUUUACUGAAGUUUACAGAUAUUGAAACAAGGUUGAGAUUUUAUACUGCUUUUCAAUUAGAACUUACUUUCUCUAAAUUAUUUCCAACUAUUUCUAUUCUACCAUUUGGCUCAUCCGUAACUGGUUUUGGACAGAAAGGAUGUGAUCUCGACUUAGUGUGUCAAAUCAACAACUCAUGUAGAAGUGAGAUUUCAUCAAAUUUAGUAUUUCAUUCAAAACCUUACUCUUUUAACGAGAGACACGCACAAAAGGAAUUUUUAUCAAUAUUAGCCUCAGUAAUACACAAUUUUAUUCCUGGUACUCAAAAUAUACAAAAAAUUCUCGAAGCUCGUGUUCCCAUAAUUAAGUUUGUAAAUAUGUAUACACAUAUGCAAUGCGAUCUUUGUGUCACCAAUAAGAUUGCAAUUCGUAUGUCUGAAGUGCUAUUUAUGUAUGGAGAAAUGGAUUGGCGGGUCAAACCACUCGUUUGCACAAUCCGUAAAUGGGCAUACUGUAGAAAAAUAACAAAUCUUACACCAGGACGAUGGAUAACGAACUUCUCUCUUACCCUUUUAAUAAUAUUUUAUUUACAGAAGGAACGUGUAUUGCCUCCCAUGAAUACCUUAAGUUUUGCAGUUGGACGGGACUUGGUUGGAAGAGAAAGAUAUGUAACUUCAUUUAUACAACAGGCAAACUUAAAAAAAAAAAUGAACGAAGAGUCUGUGUCUAUCCUUUUAUAUGGUUUUUUCGAAUAUUACGCAACCUUUAAAUUUAGUUCGUGUGGAAUAUGCAUCCAAGAAGGAAAGGAAAAGUCGAAACGAGAAAGUGCGCCCCUUUAUAUUUACAAUCCAUUUGAACCAACGUUAAAUGUUAGCAGAAACGUUAAUAUGGAUUCAUUAAAUUAUGCAAUUGUCCAAUUCAAAAAUGCAUUGUCUAUUUUGCAAAAUGCGGAGACAGGUACUCUUCUGAAUUUAUUUGGAUUGACUCAAUUGUCAGCAAUAAAUAACAAAAAUGUUGCUAAAAUUAAUAAAAACAAUGAACUAAAUAACAAUGAAAACAACAUGGAAACAACAAACGAAACUGAUACGAAUGAAUCUAACAAAAUAAAACAAAUAAUAAAAUAA